AUCUUCAUUGAGUGGAUGAAAGGGGCGACCACCAACAUCUGCUACAAUCUCCUGGACAGAAAUGUCAAUGAGAAGCAGCUUGGGGACAAAAUUGCUUUCUACUGGGAAGGCAAUGAACCUGGGGACUCUGCCAAGAUCACCUACAGGGAGCUGCUGCACAAAGUCUGCCAGUUUGCCAACAUCCUCCGCAGCCAAGGUGUGAAAAAAGGUGACCGAGUUUCCAUCUACCUGCCAAUGAUCCUGGAGCUGGUGGUAGCCAUGCUUGCCUGUGCCAGGAUUGGAGCUCUGCACUCCAUUGUGUUUGCAGGUUUCUCAGCAGAGUCUCUCUGUGAGCGGAUCCUUGACUGCGGCUGUUCUCUCCUCAUCACAGCAGAUGCCUUUUAUCGAGGGGACAAGCUGGUCAACUUGAAGCAGAUUGCAGAUGAAGCCCUCCAGAAAUGUAAAGAGAAGGGCUCCCUUUUGAAAAGGUGCAUCGUGGUGAAGCAUGUGGGGAGGGAAGAGGCAGCAGUGGAUGGGUCAUGCAGCAGGUCUCCCCCUCUCAAGAGGCUGUGCCAGGACGUACAGGAAAAAAAGGCUGAGAGCUCACAGAGACUCCAUCCCAAGACCCCUUGGAACCCAGCUGUGGACGUGUGGUGGCAGGAGCUGAUGAGCAGUGCCAGCACCGAGUGUGAGCCCGAGUGGUGUGACGCAGAGGACGGACUCUUCAUCCUCUACACCAGUGGCUCCACUGGGAAGCCCAAGGGUGUGCUGCAUACAGUGGGUGGAUACAUGCUGUUUGCUGCCACCUCCUUCAAAUACGUGUUUGAUUACCAGCCUGAGGAUGUGUACUGGUGCACUGCCGACAUUGGCUGGAUAACUGGCCACUCCUACCUCACCUAUGGCCCCCUGGCCAACGGGGCGACCAGUGUGCUGUUUGAAGGUGUCCCCACCUACCCGGACGUGGGGCGCAUGUGGAGCGUUGUGGACAAGUACAGGGUGACCAAGUUCUACACAGCACCCACAGCCAUCCGGCUGCUGAUGAAGCACGGGGAUGAGCCUGUCAAAAAGCACAGCAGGAAGACGCUGAAGGUGCUGGGGAGCGUCGGGGAGCCCAUCAACUCUGAGGCCUGGCUGUGGUACUACCGUGUGGUGGGAGAGGAGAGGUGUCCCAUUGUGGACACCUUCUGGCAGACAGAGACAGGUGGCCACAUGCUGACACCCCUUCCUGCUGCCACCCCCAUGAAGCCAGGCUCUGCUACCUUCCCCUUCUUCGGUGUGGUCCCUGCCAUCCUGAACGAGUCGGGGGAAGAGCUGGAAGGAGAAGCAGAAGGCUACCUGGUAUUCAAGCAGCCCUGGCCAGGAAUAAUGCGCUCGCUGUAUGGGAACCACCAGCACUAUGAAACCACCUACUUCAAGAAGUUCCCUGGCUACUAUGUGACAGGAGAUGGCUGCAGGAGGGAUCAGGAUGGUUAUUACUGGAUCACAGGGCGAAUCGAUGACAUGCUCAAUGUCUCUGGCCACCUGCUGAGCACCGCAGAGGUGGAGUCGGCCUUGCUCGAGCACACUGCCAUCGCAGAGGCUGCAGUGGUCAGCCACCCACACCCCCUGAAAGGGGAGAGCCUCUACUGCUUCGUGACCCUGAGGGAUGGCCACGAGUUCAGCAAGAAGCUGGCAGAUGAGCUGAAGAAACAAGUCAGAAAGAAAAUUGGGCCCAUAGCAACACCUGAUUACAUCCAGUAUGCUCCCAGCCUGCCCAAAACCCGCUCAGGGAAGAUCACCAGGAGGAUACUAAGGAAGAUUGCCCAAAACGACCAAGACCUGGGGGACAUCUCCACCUUGGCAAACCCAGGUGUCAUCAAACACCUUUUCAACAACAGAUGUGACACUAAACAGUAG